UUGGCUGUAGCCGCUGAUGUCACUUUCGAUUUGACUCUAAAUUAUAAAGUUGACGUUCUAAAGCCUACAGUUCAAACCGAUUUGAUCAGAUUUGUAUAUGCCUAUAUCUUCUCAUUUAAAUUAUAUCGUGAACUGGAUUAUUAUGCAACGAUAAACGAUAUAGUUUGUUAUUUUAGCGUGUGUGAAUGAAUAAAGUUUCGGAGCGCUCGACCGAACGACGUUGUUGACAAAAAUGAAGACGUAGAAUUCUCCAGUCGGCAAAUUCCGUUAAGCUGCACAACUAUGGCAUCCAAUGAGCGUUCUCAACCGAAAAGGAGGAGGAAGAGCAGCAUGGAGGAGCCCCCUUAUUUGUCAGGCGAUGCAGAGUUUAGAGUCCUUCUCUUUGGGAGAAGUGGCCGCAGUCAAUUUUCUCUGGCAAACUUCAUUCUGGGGACAGAUGUGUUCAGCGAUGAGCUCUGCCACAUUACAGAGAGUCAGAGACACAGGAGCGAGGCGUUCGAGAGAAAACUAGCUGUGGUCAACACUCCAAACCUCUCUGAGUACCAGGCAUCCCAGAAAGAGCUGAGAAGAGUGUUCAAGUUGUCUGUGUGUAUGUCCUCUCCUGGUCCCUACGUCGUUCUCUUUGCAUUCGACCUGAACAACAUCUCACCAAGUGCAGCAAGCAUCCUGGAACUCGUCACAAAGCACUUUGGGGACAGCAUCUUGAACCACAUGAUGGUUGUGGUGUGUCAUGUAGAGGAGAAGGAGGAUUCAGCUCUGGAGGAGAAAGUCCAGACUAACAGAGACUUCAGGGAGCUCCUGGAGAAGUGUGGCCGAAGGUAUCACCUCUUCAAUGAGAGGAAGGCCCGGAGAGAUGAGAAGGUUUCCAGACAGCUCCUGGAGAAGAUGGACGACAUGGUGAGGGAAAACGGCUGCAGAUUCUACUCCAAUCACCAAUACCAGGAAGCAGAGGAGAGAAUCCAGAAAGAGGAGCGUUUCAUGAUGAAAGGGAGAAAGAAAGAGAUGCUGACAAAGAGGAAGGAGCUGGAGAGCAGGUACACAGGGGAAGGUCUUGAAAAGGAGCUGCUGCAGUUUGAGACCGGGAUAAGAGUAGAGAACCGAGCGACGGCUGAGAGGAAGAUCUCAGAGGUACUGGGAUUUACUCUCACAGCAGUUGACUAUGCUGCUGCGGUAGGUAAAGGGGCAGCUCUAGGGGCUUUAUGUGGAGCGGUCGUGGGGUUUGAGGGUAUGGCGGUGGGAGCCGCUGUAGGUGCCGUCGUCGGCGGGGGCAUAGGAGGUGCUGUCAGUGCGGCAUGGGGUUACCUCACAAACACUGCUGCACAAAUGAAUAGACGUUGAGACAAUGCUGCUUACAUCGAUGAUGCAUUGCCCAGUUUAACAGAUUGUGUCAUUUUGGUGCCGUUCCUGCCCAGUUUAACAGAUUGUGUCAUUUUGGUGCCGUUCCUGCCCAGUGUAACAGAUGGUGUCAUUUUGGUGCCGUUCCUGCCCAGUUUAACAGAUUGUGUCAUUUUGGUGCCGUUCCUGCCCAGUUUAACAGAUUGUGUCAUUUUGGUGCCGUUCCUGCCCAGUGUAACAGAUGGUGUCAUUUUGGUGCCGUUCCUGCCCAGUUUAACAGAUUGUGUCAUUUUGGUGUCGUUCCUGCCCAGUUUAACAGAUUGUGUCAUUUUGGUGCCGUUCCUGCCCAGUUUAACAGAUGGUGUCAUUUUGGUGCCGUUCCUGCCCAGUUUAACAGAUUGUGUCAUUUUGGUGCCGUUCCUGCCCAGUUUAACAGAUUGUGUCAUUUUGAUGCCGUUCCUGCCCAGUUUAACAGAUGGUGUCAUUUUGGUGCCGUUCCUGCCCAGUUUAACAGAUGGUGUCAUUUUGGUGCCGUUCCUGCCCAGUUUAACAGAUUGUGUCAUUUUGGUGCCGUUCCUGCCCAGUUUAACAGAUUGUGUCAUUUUGGUGCCGUUCCUGCCCAGUUUAACACCACUGUGUAGAGGUCUGAGGCUAAUCAGUUCAGUAAUACAUUUUAUUUGUCAGUGAGAAAAUAUUCAGAGAUGUAUGUUUUGUAGAUAUUAGACGCUGUUGAUUUGUUUUUGGCUGCUGAUCUGGUGAUGGUUUCUAGUCGGUUAUUUUAAACAGAUUCAUUGUUGAAAUACGUAAUCAUGAAUAAAGGGAAGAUCCUUUAACAAUGGAAUAUUUAAACACGUAAUAAAUGUACUGUUGCUUUUGA